CCGAAACAAAUGUGAACACAUUUUCAACGCACAACUCAUUGAGACAACAGCACGGAGACAAAUAAAAAUAGAAAAUUUUGAAACGAAAUAAAGAAAAUAAAAUAAAAUCGAAAAAAAGUUAAAAAGAAAAAAAUCAAUUGCGCUAUUUUGCCUUGUGGAAAAAGUUAAAAAAAAAAAUAAAUAAAUUUACUAACGGCAAUAAAAAAAUAAAAUAUUUUUUUAAGUGCUCAAACUUAACACUUCCAAAAAGUGCCAAAAAAAAAAAAAAAAAACAAAAACAAAAAGUGCCAAAUAUCGAAAAAAAAAAAUCAAAACUAAAUUGACACCGGUUUUCAUAAAACUAUCAAAGUGGGGCUGUUAAAAUUGAAAAGAAAUCUUUCCUUUGGAAUAUCCGAUAUUCCAGAAUUUGGUUCGAGAGAAGAAAGCAAAAUGGGAACAAUUGAAAAACGCUCAUUUUCAUUCCGUUUGAGGAGAUCUCGAGCUGGCGAUGGAGGCAGCACAAAUUCACGCAACAGCAACAACAACAGCAGCACCUGUACGAACAACAAUCGCUGCAACUCGCCACAGACACCGACCAGCACCAGCAUGAAGUUGGAAGUGCCCAACUCCAAUGCAUCGGUCAGUCGCCGCAGCAGCAUCUAUCGUAAGCCGGACAAGGAUGACAGCGGCUUGAUUCACAUCAUCCGUGACAUAGACUUGCCUUUGAUGUCGUUCACCGAUCAAUACAAUAUCGAGAAGGUGUUGGCCGAGGGCUGUUUCGCCAAGAUUUUGCUGACCACACACCGACCCACCCAGACCAAGGUGGUGCUGAAAGCUGUACAUGCCGAACUGACCACCAUUCAGGAGUUUCAAAAAGAGUUCCACUUCAACUAUGAACUGUCACACCAAAGGAAUAUCCUGAGUGCCUAUAAUGUGGCCUUCCAGACAAAGGACUAUUAUGUCUUUGCCAUGGAACAUGCACCCUAUGGUGACUUGGCCUCGAACCUUGGGCCAAACGGUUUACAUGAGAAUGCCGCCAAGACCAUUACCGAACAGCUGAGUUCUGCCCUGUCCUUUAUGCACUCCAAAAAUUUGGUGCACCGUGAUCUGAAGUUGGAAAAUGUUUUGGUAUUCACCCCCGACUUUUCACGGGUCAAGCUGUGUGAUUUUGGUGCCACCACCAAGAAGGGUACUUUGGUGCAUAAGGUGAAACAUACCUGGACCAGUUUUGUGCCGCCCGAAAUUUUGGAAAUUGUCAAAAAUGAAAGAUUCCAUUGUCUGCCCUGCAGUGACUCUUGGCAGUUUGGUAUUCUGCUGUAUCACAUUUUGACCGGCAGUCCUCCGUGGAAUGCAGCCAACUGGGUUAAGGAUGCCAACUAUUGCAACUUCAUGAAAUACGAACAAAGAAAGACCACCAAGAUUCCAGACAACUUCCGAAGAUUUUCACCACGUUUAAUGCGUUGUUUCCGCAAAUAUUUGUCCCAUGAUCCGGAAGAUCGUUGCAAGGUAACAGAGGUUACGAAAUACAUGAAAGAUCGCUGGGUUGAAUGCCGGGUGGCCACAUCCAAGUCUGCCAUUCUAGUGGCUCCCACACCGGAUCAGGAUUCCUGCAUUUAUCUCAACCAAAGGGAGGCACGUAAAUCUCAGGAAGAUGACAACAAACAACGUCUGCGGCGCAUGAUGUCCACCUAUGGUCUGGACCAUAGUCCUGUCGAUCAGAAUGCAGUGCGCAAGCGUGUCUUGGAUUGGUUGGCCACCUGUGAUGACAAUUUCGACAGAGAAAUCGAAAGUCUGGUCAUUGUGGAUACGCCGACGCAGUGAACUCGCUGCUGGCAGAGAGCUGGAGAGCAUGAAAGAGACUUGAUUUUAUUUUUGUAAGAUUGUAAGGCUAGACAACUUUCCUGGUGAAAGACACACAUGGCCCAAGGCACAAUUAUGUCAAUUAUGACAAUAUCAUUGUUGUUCUUAUUGUCGUGUAUAACAAUUUGUAGGCAAACUGUUAUACAGCGACAACAAAAAAAUUUGUCGUUUGUAAGCAAAACAAAAUGAAAGAAGAAAAGAAAGAAAGAAAACACAAAAACGAUUUCUUGAAAGGUGGCAGCAAGUCCCAGAAUAAGAAAUGAAAAAGAAAGAAAAAAAUAAUGAACAAAAAUACCAAAAUAGUGGAAAUUCGUAUAGGAUCAAAAAAAUAUCAGUAUGAUGACAUUUAUACAAUAAUUACUGUAUAUUAAUGAGACAAUGCACUUGUUUACACACACACAUGCACUCAUACCUUUGUACAUAAAAGCUCUUAGAUCGCUAGAAGAGAGACUAGUUUGUUCUUAAGUAAAUCCAAAGUAUUUUAUUUAUUUUCGGCCCAAU